AUUUGUUUAUUUGUAUAGUGCUAAGCCUAAUACAUAUACAGUAUAUAAGGGGUAGGACAGUUUCUUACUCACCCCUCGACGUCUCCAUAGUUUAUGUGUGCCCCAUUAUAUUUAGAAGAUUGUCAGCGCCUGAGCGGUUAUUCUUUAAGGCUAUGUUAUAAUGUUUAGUAAUUACUACCAUAUUGUUAUAUUUGCACUUAUGUAUUUAAGAUCAUAUUAAUAUUGUUGUUCCCAAUCCUGAUAUUCGUUUUGACUACAAUAUUUUAAAUUGUUUUCGAAAUUGACCGUUAAACAUGUAAAAUAUUAUUGUGUUAGGUCAUGUUAGGUACUUCUUGAAAGAAUAUUAUGUAUACACAUGUAUUAUUAUUUAUAUAAUUAAAUAUAUAGAUAUUUCUGAAAAUAAUGAUAAAUGAUAGCCUCGCUAAUUAUAAGGGGUUUAAUACAUGUGCGUAAAGAGUCGUUCCAGAUUGGCUUGUGCAGUAUGUACACUUUUCUUGUCUCUUUUCUACUGGAUUUUUGUCGAGAUGUGACAUCCUUCAUACGAACAAUUCAAAAAAACGAAAAAAAGUUGACCCUGAUUCGCUCGUGCGGGCUGCUUAGGCUUAUCUCCACGCACAUGAAUUAAACCCCGUUUCCCAAAGCGUGACUAAUGUUUAUUUACUUUGUUCCGUCUGAGAGUCAGCAGGAGAUCUUCAACCCCUGCUGCCGGACCAGCCUCCUCCUGAAGAACAUCCGGUCCCGCUGCAACUGCGACAAUUAUGCUACGUUACUAUAUACGUUUUUAUCCCACACCGUGUACAUUCCAGCCGAUAUCGAGCUAUCUGAUGAAGCCGGGAACGUGAAGAACCUCCGGGAUCCCGGGCACCAGCAGCGGUAUACCAGUGACUUCCUGGAAGAGAGAAAAACGCUGGUUCUACUCACCGUGGAUAAGAGUCACAGCGACCCUCCACUGAUCAUGUACAAACCGCUGUUACAGGCGGGCGACGGGGUGCUCAGCGAGGAGUUUCUAGCUCGACUUGCAUUAAAAGGCACUGAAAUACAGAAAAAGCGAGUCCGAUCAAGCGAACGGCGGGAUACGUCCGCUAACGUCACUGAGCAGAAGGAUGUGACAGCACGCCAGGUUAGCCGAGAAAAGAACGCGGACAAAACAAAAUCGUCCAGUAAGUCGGACAAAAGAAAUAGUGCGCGAUCAUAGCGCUGAGGCGACCCGUAUAAGUGAGCUUUCGAAUUGUUUUUUUAAACACAAGAUUGGAUACUUUUUAUGUCUUUACUUAUUAUUCACUGUGCACAUUGAAGAAAGCGCUGAUGAGUGAAUUUUAUUGUUUGUUAUUGUCAAAUGACUCUAUAUAAUAUAUUGUUUAAUACAUA